AUGUCGUCAACCGUUCCAUUGGCAGAAAAAGACCACGCCAGAGACCAAGAGUUCGCCAAGGCCUUGCACGGAAACUCGUACAAGAAGACCGGAUUGGGCGCACUCAUGUCCAAGUCCAAGGAUGCUGCUGACGUUGCUAACAACGGUUACUUCAAGCACUGGGAUGGCGGUGUUACCGAAGAAGAUGAGAAGAAAAGAUUGGGAGACUACUCGCAAUUGACUUCUCACUACUAUAACUUGGUUACUGACUUCUACGAGUACGGUUGGGGUUCCUCUUUCCACUUUUCUCGUUACUACAGAGGUGAAGCUUUCAGACAAGCCACCGCCAGACACGAGCACUAUUUGGCCUACAAGAUGGGUCUCACGGAGGACAUGAAGGUUUUGGAUGUUGGCUGUGGUGUUGGUGGUCCAGGCAGAGAGAUUUGCAGAUUCACCGACUGUACCAUUGUUGGCUUGAACAACAACGACUACCAGAUCGAGAGAGCCAACCACUAUGCCAAGAAGUACCAUUUGGACGACAAGUUGUCGUACGUGAAGGGUGACUUCAUGCAGAUGGACUUUGAGCCUGAGUCGUUCGAUGCCGUCUACGCCAUCGAGGCCACCGUCCACGCUCCAGUGUUGGAGGGUGUGUACUCUGAAAUUUACAGAGUGUUGAAGCCUGGUGGAGUCUUUGGUGUGUACGAGUGGGUCAUGACCGACAAGUACGACGAGUCGAACGAGGAGCACCGUAAGAUCGCCUACGGUAUCGAGGUUGGUGACGGUAUCCCCAAGAUGUACAAGAGGGACGUUGCCGAGCAGGCGUUGAAGAACGUUGGCUUUGAGAUUGAGUACCAGAAGGACUUGGCCGCCGCUGACGACGAAAUCCCAUGGUACUACCCAUUGUCUGGUCAGUUCAAGUAUGUCCAGACGUUGGGCGACUACUUCACUGUGUUCAGAACCUCGCGUAUCGGGAGAACCGUCACCACCGAGCUUGUAGGGUUGAUGGAGAAGAUCGGGCUUGCGCCAAAGGGGUCCAAGCAGGUCACUGGGGCCUUGGAGGACGCAGCCGUGAACUUGGUGAAGGGCGGUGAGCAGAAGUUGUUCACGCCUAUGAUGUUGUACGUUGUGAGAAAGCCUAAGAACGCUUAA